GAGAGAGAGAGAGAGACUCAUCACCUAUAUGCAAGGUACAUAGAUGACAAGAUUGAACAAAAAUGUCCGGCGAAUCAGAAGUCGUAGAGGGAUGAGCAGUCACUGUUUCAAUUUAAAACAGCCGCUGACAGAGCACAAUUUACAUGGAGGGGGGGGACAUAGAACCACCACCAUCUUCUCUACAGUGGUAUUUUUCUGCAAUAUCUUUCCAAAUAUUAUGCUGCUUCUGCAUGCCGGCGGCCUGCUGUACCAUGCGCCCCACCCAAGUGGCCUUUCUAACGGAUCAAUAGCUCCGGCAUGCUACCCUCAACCCCCCCCACACCACCAUGGGGGGUGUUUGUGCUGACAGGGCGAGACCACUCAUGACAUAAUGUAAUUCCGGUGGGAUCCCACACUAAGCCCCCUCUUUCUACUUCUCAUGUAUAUAAAGACUCCGAUCGCAGAGGGUUGGUCAUCCCCUCACCGAAGCAGUGUUUUCUUUUGCGCCGUUUUGACUAGCUUACCGCAGCUAGAUGCUUUAGCUGGCAGAAACUUUAGCUAGCAGCCAAUUUGGAUAGCAGCCACUUUAGCUAGAAGCCACUUUGGAUAGCAGCAUCUUUGGAUAGCAGCUACUUUGGCUAGCACUUACGCGCGAAACUAGCGCCCGAUUCGAACCUGAAAAAGGGCGUGGGUUUGAGUUCCGUCGCCCCCCCCCCUCCCGGACGUUAUUAUGGAUAUCCCUGUUCAAUCACCGUGGUUCCGACGCGGUUACCCCGGUAACGACGCCCGACUCUUCGGACAGUUUUUCGGAGAGGGCAUGUAUGACUUUCCAACGCCUGCAGUCAGUCCGUACUACAGACCGGGGUUCUACCGCCACCUGCUCGACUCCGGCUACUCCGGCGUCUCUGAGGUGCGCUCCGACCAGGACCGGUUCACCGUCUACCUGGAUGUCAGACACUUCUCCCCGGAGGAGGUCCAGGUCUCGGUAGCCGACGGCUACGUGGAGGUCCGGGGGAAACACGAGGAAAGACAGGACGACCACGGCUACGUCUCGCGGGAGUUCCAGCGUCGGUACCGCCUCCCCUCCGACGUGGCCCCGCCCACUCUCACCUGCACGCUGUCGGGUGAUGGGCUGCUCACCCUCCACGCCCACAAGCUAGGCCGCGACGGCGAACCAUGCCGCAACCGUGAGCGCAGCAUUCCGGUAACCCACGGCGACAAGGCGGACGCUGUUGACUCGUCCUAAGCUAGAUUCUUCAACCAGACCAAUCAGGGGGUGGGUCCUUGGGUCACAUUAUCGACUCUGAUUGGGUCUCUAGUUUGACUUUAAGCUCUUUCUCAAUGCAAAGUUUAAAUCUUGAAAUGUUAUUGUGGCAGUACAGUGAGAUAGUGUAACAUCGCAUCAACUAUUCGGGAUUGACCGUUCUUACAACGCAAUGUUCACCGGGAGCAAGUAAAGUUACGAUUUAACCUAGAAUUGUAAGACCCCAAUUUCAAUCUUUUUUUUUAUAAUGAUCUUCUCUUUCAAAUCCUUUGUUACUUGCAUAUUAUUCCCAGAGGAAAUUGUUUAACAGCAUUAUGCAAUAAAGCUUUAAAUUAC